ACAUGGAUGACAUGCUCGACAAGCGUGGGGAGGAGUUCCUGAACGAGGACGAGGCGGAAGAGAUCCGGGGGUUGGUGAAGAAGAGGUGGGAUCAAGACUUGGCUUGCCCCUUGCACGUGGUUGGCCGGAUGCUCAAUCCGGCCAACCAAACAGAGGGAAUCUUCCGCAAGGAUAAGGAGUGCACCACUGUUUUGAAAAAGUUCCUCUCCACCCACUUCGACCGGCGCAUGGUCACCCUCCCGAAUGGGAGGACGGUGAAGGAAUCAGUGGUGCUUCAGGACGGCCUCACCGACUUCUUCACCAUGCGCGGCAGCUUUGGCCUUGCCGAGGCAAUCGCUGACCGUGAGUUGGUGAAGGCGGGAGAGAUGGACAUGGUGCGGUGGUGGACUUGGCAUGGCACCGACCAUCCUGCCCUCACCGCCCUCGCUUGCCGUGUCCUCACACAAGCCGUCUCUGCAGCCGCAUGCGAGCGCAAUUGGGCGGUGUGGGACUCAGUCCACACCGCCAAGCGCAACCGCUUGGGGUCGGAGAAGUGCCGGGAUUUGGUGUACGUGGCCCACAACUGGCAUGUGGUCCACAACUGCGUGAUGUUAAUGUGAAAAGAAAAUUUCUGCUGUCCC